AUGGGUGGCUGUUUGUCGAAAAAAUGCUGGCGCGGUAGUGCCGGUGCACAUCUGGUGCCUGAUGGCGCAUCUGCUGCAUACGGGCCCCCUCGAGACGGCGGUAGAGACGAGGCCCCAACUGGCGGCAAACCUCUCUGGGCAGCGACUGACGAGGACUCCCUCAGAGGCCUGGCGGUCACCAAAGACGACCAAUGGCUGCGGACGUUCGUCGGCGCAGCCAGUGGCAGCAUUCUGCAGUACGCCUACCCGACAACUGGAAGAUCCGGCGAUGAGUGGCGCUCGCCGCAGCGGUCGAGGGCGCAUGAGAAGGCCAUUCGGUGUCUUGCACUCAACUGCUCUCCGUCUGACGCUGCUGGGGCCGGCCAGAUCCUCGCCUCUGCAAGUGCCGAUGCGACAGUGAAGCUACAUCGGCUUUCGGAUGGCGAUGGCCGUGGUGGCGCUUUCUUGUCCCUCGAUGAGUGUCGCACCCUCACGGGCCACUCAUUUGCCGUCACUUCUCUGGCUUUUGGCGGCCAACAGAGCGAGUGGCUCGUGUCUGGCGGGAGGGACUGCACCAUGCGGCUGUGGGACGUGGAGGCAGGCAGGUGCGUCUGCACACAGUACGUCCCGCAGAACAUCGUCCUCGCCUGUCGCACACUGCCAACAGCGCCAUCGGCCCUCUCUGUCGACCCACUCGGCGGCUUCUGCGUCGCCCAGUGUGGUGAGGACCUCCGGCUUCGUCUGUGGGUGUGCAGCACCGCACGGCAGAGCAUGUCAUGUGUGGAGUCUGUCAGUGUUGGGACCGACCAGCCUGUGUGCUGUGCGAUCGGGACGGGCGCGGCGGCCAACAUGCUGGCUGUUGGCACAAAGGGCUUCUCGAGAGGGCAGUGCAGACUGAGUGGCUACGACCUGCGGGCACUCGGUAAAGGUCAGUCAGAGAAGGGGAAAGAAACCAGAACAUCCCACAGAGAGAGACACGUGACGUGAAAUGGUAUGUUCAGGUGCAGUGUGGGAGCACGCUGACAUGUUCGAGCACUCUGUGGAGGAUGUCACGGCGGCACAGGUGUCUCCCGUCAGCACCAACCUGACGGCAUGCAUCGCCACGGCAAAGGACGGACAGAUAGUGGCGGCCGAGCUGGCCAGUGGGUGUGUGCUGUGGCGGGAGACAUGCCACACCGUGCCAUGGACAGGGUGCUGCAUGGCUGGGGGCUCUUUCGUGUCGCUGUCGCAGAGCCAUGUGUGGCUGUGGGAAUGGGAAAGACUGAGGGAGGCGCCGCAGCUCGUUACGAGGACGCCGGGGGCUCUCAUGAUGUGAAUGUGUGUUGUGUGUGUCUAUGCGGAUCAUGGGUCUCUGGUAUCUGAUUGAAUUCAUUAG